AUGCAGGAUCAGUACAUAUUGCACUCAGCUGAAGCUCAGAACAUUACUCUUCCAUUUGCUUGCAGGCAUGGUUGCUGUACUAGUUGCGCCGUACGUGUCAAAUCUGGAGAGCUGAGGCAACCACAAGCAUUGGGGAUAUCCGCAGAACUCAAGGCCCAGGGGUAUGCACUUCUUUGUGUGGGUUUCCCUACAUCUGACCUUGAAGUAGAAACACAAGACGAGGACGAGGUCUACUGGCUACAAUUCGGAAGAUACUUCGCUCGUGGACCAAUUGAAAGAGAUGUUUACUCCCUUGAGCUCCCCAUCGGAGACGAGUAG